AUUUGUUACCAAUUAAAAUCUCGCGUCGCGAGCGCACCCUCUCCUCCCUCCACGGCUGCCACUCCGGCGCUGGGGAGGGAGCUCGGGGAGGACGAGAGCUCCGCGCCGGCGCCGGCCAAAAGCAAAGUGCUGUGCGGAGGCAGAGGAGAGUUGGAGCAGCAUCGCCCAAACAUCGCGGUCCGACGUGGCCCAAUGACGCGUCGCGGAGCCUUAUCCCCUGAUCCAAACUCCAUCCGCCUGCCGCCCAGCCGACCCCACCGCCCCCUCCUCUCGUUAACACUCGUAGCGCCCGGCGCAUCCACAGCUCGUCUAGACUCUAGAGGAGACAGUCGCAGGAGGCCAGGAGAAGCAGCCGGCGAGCAGCAAGCCAUGGCGUCCACCACCUGCUUCCUCCACCAGUCCACCGCCCGCUUCGGCGCCGCCGCCGCCUCGGCGCGCCCCCAGGCGCCGCGGGCCCAGCAGCUCGUGUGCAGGGCGCAGAAGCCGCAGGACGCCGCCGCCGAGGGCGACGCCGCGGUCACCCGCCGCGCCGCGCUCACGCUCCUCGCGGGCGCCGCCGCCGUCGGCGCCAAGGUGAACCCCGCCGCCGCCGCCUACGGAGAAGCAGCCAACGUGUUCGGGAAGCCCAAGACGAACACGGAAUUCAUCGCCUACAGCGGCGACGGCUUCAAGCUGCUGAUCCCGUCCAAGUGGAACCCCAGCAAGGAGCGCGAGUUCCCCGGCCAGGUGCUCCGCUACGAGGACAACUUCGACGCCAACAGCAACGUCUCCGUCAUCGUCCAGCCCACCACCAAGAAGACCAUCACCGACUACGGCUCGCCCGAGGAGUUCCUCGCCCAGGUCGACUACCUCCUCGGCAAGCAGGCCUACGCCGGCAAGACGGACUCCGAGGGCGGGUUCGAGACCGACGCGGUGGCCACGGCCAACAUCCUGGAGAGCUCGGCGCCAGUGGUGGACGGGAAGCAGUACUACAGCGUGUCCGUGCUGACCAGGACGGCGGACGGCGACGAGGGCGGCAAGCACCAGCUCAUCACGGCCACCGUCUCGGACGGCAAGCUCUACAUCUGCAAGGCGCAGGCCGGCGACAAGAGGUGGUUCAAGGGCGCCAGGAAGGGCGUCGAGAAGGCAGCCAGCUCCUUCAGCGUCGCAUAAGCAGUGCACGCAUCAUCUGUGUGCCGGAAUUUGUUUCUUUUGGUUCAGGGAUGCUUACGUAGAUAGAGGUUGGGCAUGCGUGUGCGCUCCGGCCUUUGAUUGUACAUGAGAACAAAGACCAAGGAGAGCUCCAUUUCGUCCCUGCAAGGAUUGAUUUCUGCUCUCACGAUGUUUAAGAACUCCUAGUACUAAUAAUGCUUCGUUUUUGUA